AUGUGCUGUGUGCAUCAAUUUCUCAUGGGCCGAAUUGCUCCCACCCUCGUGAGAAUGGAAGAUGAAAUGAUUGACAUGGUAUUGAGCCAUCAGGUUGAGCCUACAGGACACGAGGCCGCUAGACCGUACUCCAGAGUCGUGCUCUCCCGCAACACCUCUUGCUCUGGUCAGGAGCAACAGAGCCCUCAGGACAUAUCCAAAGAGAAUUUUCCUGAUGACGAUGACGACCUUGACGAAUUUAAAUGGUCGGUUGAACCGGUUUUGAGGCUGUUCUCAUCACAUGAGAGAGAGUGGUUCUAUCAUUGGGUGUCCGACGCUACAUCUUUCGGUUUGAUGUACAUCACUGGAUUUCUCGAUUCCCCCCGAGAUGUACAAUACGAUCUGUUUCUACGCAAUGCCAGCAAGCAUGGGACUUUUUUGCCCCACGUCCUGAACGAUGUAGAUUUCAACGCCCUAAGAGGAUUUCCCCUGGGAGCAGGUGGGCAAGCUAUCCCCCGCCAGCUACACCAGAAGAAGCUGGAAACCACAAAGAUAGCCGAAACAAUCACAAUGACCUCUCAUCUCCGAAUCUCAACUGUGAAAUGUUCAAAGAUGGGCUCGGUUAUCCCACCAUCCCAUUUUCCGAUAAUAAGUCCCGGCCUCUCCGGCGCCUGUGAUAUCUAUUCUGGGAUUCGUCAAGGCUUUCGGGAAUGUCUUGCCGACGCGCGUGACAGCAAUGACAGGGAUUUUGAUCUCACCAAGAAGCCCAGCGCCGAGCAGGUCCUCAAGAGCGUUAAGCUCCUUAAACGUGCCAUGGACGAAAUUCGAAAAAAGUAUGGUAUCUGGCCCUUGGAGAGGGAAUGA